CGAACCAAAUACACCAUGGCUGAAACAGAGAAGGUUGACGACCUGAAACUGGCGGAGCUCGAUGUCAAGGAGUCCGACUUUGGCAAUGUCGAGAACAUUGUAUUGGACCCGAAAAAGGAGAAGAAGCUCCUCAUGAAGCUGGACCUGGCUUUUGUUCCCAUUAUCAUGGUGACAUAUCUGUCCUGCUUUCUGGAUCGGACCAACAUUGGAAAUGUCAAAGUAGCCGGCAUGCCCGAGGCCAUCGGCGCCUCAGACAGCCAGUUCUCCACCGCCGUCUCGAUUUUCUAUGUCACCUACGUCCUGCUAGAGGCUCCCUGGGCGGUGCUCAUGAAGAAGCUCACUCCCCGAAAUAUUCUCACGGGGCUCUGUAUCGUGUGGUCGGUGGCCACCGUGUUCACCGGAUUCGUGCAGAACGUCGCGUCGCUGUACGCCACGCGCCUUAUCCUGGGCGCUUGCGAGGCGGGACUCUUUCCCUGUCUCAACUUGUACUUGACGAUGGUAUAUCGGCGCGAGGAACAAGCCAAGCGCGUCUCUUACCUGAUGAGCUGUGCAGCCAUCUCGGGUGCUGUGGGGGGAUUGCUUGCGUAUGGGCUGCUGCAUAUGGAUGGGAUUGGAGGGAAGGCGGGCUGGAGAUGGGUAUACAUCAUCGAAGGCCUCUUCAGCGUGGUUUGCGCCCUGCUGAUCUGGUUCGGCCUGCCCAACGACCCCGCCAACGCCUACUUCCUCACCGACGAGGAAAAGUGGAUGAUGCGUGUGCGCAACGAGCAACGACGCCACUACAUGGGUAGCGAACACUUCACCUGGGAUGAGAUGUGGCUUGCCCUGCGCGAUCCCAAGCUCGCUUUCAGCGCCGUCGUUCAAUUCUGUCAGGAUAUCCUGCUCUACGGGUUCAGCACGUUCCUGCCGACGAUCCUCCAGAGCAUCGGGUAUGAUUCGCUGAUGAGCAACGUGCUGACUGUGCCGGUGUAUAUCUGGGCGGCGAUUGUGUUUGUCAUUCUGGCAUUUAUGGCGGAUCGGUACUCGAAAUUUGCGGUUUUCCUCAUCGGGAGUAACGUCUUCGGCAUCAUCGGUUACAUCCUCCUCCUGUCCGUUUCCAACAAUUCCGUCAAAUACUUCGCCACCUACCUCUGCGGUAUCGCGACCUACACCGGUGUGGGACUCAACAUCGCCUGGCUGAACGUCAACGUCGCGCCGCACUACCGUCGCGCCAUGGAAAUCGGUCUGCAGCAGACGGUGGGGAACUGCGCGGGUAUUGUAGCCGGGCAGAUUUACCGGAAGUCUCCGUACGUGCUCGGAAACUCAUUCAGUUUGGGGGCGUUAGUGGUCGCGCAGGGGGUCAUCGCUGUGCACGCGUGGUACUUACGCGGGGAGAAUGCAGAGAAGGUGGCGAUUGAGGGGGGGAAGGAAGAUACACGGCGUGUCCGGACGGGAGAUGGGGAGGUGGAGUUUCGGUAUCAUUAUUAGAUUGUUGGUUGUAUUCUAUGUAUGUGGAUUGCCUGUGACUUCCUUUGCGGUGCUCUAGAUUCUGGUAGUUGGUGGAUGAAUUGCCAAGUUGUCUAGAACGAGGGAUUGGGCUUCAGUGACUCAUACAAUCUUUGCAUACUGCUC